AUGUCAAGUCGCGUCACGCGGGUUACGAUGAGCCCCCACCGGGGGCUGGAGGAUGCCGACAACAAGCAGUGGUUUGAGAUUGGGGCUUUAGGCAAUCCGGAAGCCCUACAGAACACCUUCGAACUUGUUUGGGGGCUAACAGGCGGGUUGAGGGGCCCCUCCACACAGGGUUGCGGCCCAUCCUGGUUCGGCCCAGCCUGGUACAGCACAGCGGGGGCCCAAGGGGUACCUCCAGGGAUUCCUUCAGAAGCCGAGGUGGAGUGUGUCUCCAGUCUGGGCCCCCCCCUGGAGCCGGGCCGCCUGUACCUCACCAUGCAGGGCCGUAACUUUUUGCGCAACCCGACUUUCCGUCGGGACGCCAACACGCAGCCCCAGCUGGGUCGUACGGCAUCAAGGAGUGUGUAUCAGAGCACGGCUUGGGUGACGACGACCGCCCUGGGGGACGGAAUUGCCUGGGAGGCGCCGCCAGCGGGCAUGCGGCCGUACGGCAGUGCGGCUACGGCAGAUCCGCCGCCGCCGUUGCCGUACCCUGGCACAGUCCCCCGUCUGUCCGCUGCUCAGCACGCGCAGCACCUUCUGGGUUUUUUCGGCAACGGCAGCGGUGGCUUUGGGAUUUGGGGCAAUGCCGUACGGGGCCGGGAUGAGCAUCAACCCGGAUGCUUGGCAACCCCCAACGACUGGUGCGAGGUGGUGCAGGUGGUGGAUUUGGGUUGGGAGCUCCAGCGGCGCGGCCUCACAGCGGCCCAGGCCGCGCACCUGCUAGAUGCGGAGCUGAGCUUGAGACUCAGUGUGUAUGUGGGCAGCCGCACUAGCUCCCGGGAGAGAUGGGACUGUGUGGGGCAGUACAGUGUCGGACUGCUGCUGGACGAGGGCAACGGUAACGCCAACGGAUACGGUUACAGUACGGCACACGAUGGUCAGCGGUCCGUACACUCGCAGAGCCCCCUUUGGGGCUUCGCGGACGAGUGUAUCCCCUCCAUGCAGUCCUUCCUCAUGCGCCCAACGCGACACCACUACUUCGCGGACUGUGUGACCUGCACGUCCGACUGCUGGCGCCGCUUCGAGUACGAGCUCCCUCGGUGCCCCCGAGGUGUACGGCGGGCGGUGGUGAUACUGCGGGGCCGCAGGGCGCCCAACAGCCUCAUCGUGUCGCCUCUGCCCAGACACUGCGGAUCCAAAUUCGCUUCCGCUGAGCUGCUGUUCGCCUAG